GUUGGGAGCCUCGCGGGCGCGGUGCCGUUACUCGCAGUUGGGCAGCGACGGGCACACAGUGCUGAGCGCACAUUGCGCCUUAGCAGCCACGGCUGCUGCCCUCACACCCCCUGCGCUGGUGCAGCCACACUCGCUCCCUCUGCUCUUCCCUUCGCUCACACCAGGACUGCUCAGCUGACCGAAGAGCAGAUGGCUGAGUUCAAGAAAGCUUUCUCCCUAUUUGACGAAGAUGGCGAUGGCACCAUCACAACAAAGGAAUUUGGAACUGUCAUGAGGUCACUGGGACAGAACCCAGCAGAAGCCGAAUUGCAGGCCAUGAUCAAUGAGGUGGAUGUUGACGGAAAUGGCACCGUAGACUUCCCAGAAUUUUUGACUAUGAUGGCUAGAAAAAUGAAAGAUACAGACAGCGAAGAAGAAAUUCGUGAGGCAUUCCGAGUCUUUGACAAGGAUGGCAAAGGUUAUAUCAGUGUGGCGGAGCUACGCCACAUCAUGACCAACUUAGGAGAAAAACUAACAGAUGAAGAAGUAGAUGAAGUCAUCACAGAAGCAGAUAUUGAUGGAGAUGGACAAGUCAACUAUGAAGAAUUUGUACAGAUGAUGACUGCAAAAUGUUCUACUUUAAACUACAUUCCCCCCUUCUAG